AUGCUCACCACUCAGACACUUUCCUUGGGCUGGCUUGUCGCCUCGAGCGCGGCCAUGGCCGUGCGAGAGACCACUCCGAGCAAGAGCUGCGUCCAGUUCGAGGUGCCCAUACACGUGGUGGCAACCAACAAGCACUACAGCAUGCCCCGGGUCGACAACAACAUCGACUUCGUCGACUGGUCCCUCAACUUCAGCAUCUGGAUGGCGCCCAAGAACAACGCGGAGCGCAUCCUCAGCGACGUGUUCAUCAACCAUUCCUUUAGGAUCAGCGCCCAGCUUUGCGUGCCGACGCAGGAGACGGACAAGGCCGACAUCCUGCAGAUUGCUGUGCACGGAAACGCGUUCGACAAGCGAUACUGGGACGUCCAGGUCAAGCCCGAGGAGCACUCCUACGUCGACGCGGCCAUCGCCAAGGGGUACUCGAUCCUCACGUGGGACCGCAUCGGGACCGGCCAGUCCGAGAUCCCGAAUGCGUACGACGAGGUGCAGCUGACGACCGAGAUCGAGAUCCUGGCCGGGCUCACCAAGCUAGCGCGCGAGGGCAGGCUGCUCGGCUCCGCCAUCAAGACGGACGGCGGCGCGGUGGCGGAGCCCAGGCCGUCGCGCAUCGUGCACGUAGCGCACUCGUUCGGGGCGUACCUCACGUACGCCUUCCUGCUCAAGCACCCGGAACUCUCGGACGCGGCGCUGCUGUCGAGCUUCCUGCCCAGCGGGACGCAGCUCGGGGCCGUCAAGGUCGUGACGUUCGAGCACGACUACGCGGCCGGGCUCGACCCGGCGCGGUUCGGCGGGUUCGGGUCUGGGUACUUCGUACCGACAUCGCUCAACGCGCUGCAGAAGCUGUACUUCACAAAGGGCGGGUUCGACGAGGAGCUGCUGGCGUACGCCGAGGAGAUCAAGGGGCCCGAGGCCGCGGGGCUGUACGCCUCGGACCACCAGAUCCAGUACGCGACCAACGAUCGGCUGUUCGGCGGUCCAGUGCAGAUCAUCAUCGGCGAGAAGGACUUUCCCCUCUGCAACGGGUACUGCCCAGGCACGUUCAGCGAGACCGACAUCAAGAACAACAACUUCCACAACGCGACGGCCCUGGAGAUCAAGGUGUUGGACAACACGGCGCAUGCGCUGGCGCUGCAGAAGAGCGCUCGAGCCGGGUACAAGCUCAUGUUUGACUUUUUGUCGGGGCACGGGUUCUAG